GCCGAGCGCCGGGAGCGCCCUUUUGGCGGCGGAUUCAAACGUUUGGGCCGGGUUUUUAGGGCCUGAAGAAGCGUCGUAGCGGCUGUUUCCUGCUGUUCACUCGGCUGUGAAUUUCUGUGCAGUGCCGGGAGGAUCUUGGAAGCUAAGGACGCUGGUGUCUGAGGGAGAGAAUGGCGUUCUCGACCACAGUCUCCCAGAGAAAGCAUAUAAAACGGAAGGCUCCCCGGGGCUUUCUUAAGCGCGUCUUCAAGCGACAGAAGCCUCACCUUCGUCUAGAGACAAGUGGCGACUUACUGGUGCAUCUGAAUUGUUUACUCUUUGUUCAUCGGUUAGCAGAAGAGACCAGAAUGAAUGCUUUUGAGAAUAAGUGUGGAGUCAUUAAAAAGGAGCAUGUACAGGCUGCAGCAAAGGUAAAAGUAAGGCUUAAGAGCUUGAAGAGUGUAUGUAAUUCUAAAGAAGAGCAGAGGUUAGAAGUCAAAGAACACAUUUUUGAAAAUUAUAUGAUGUAUUAUUUUAGGUGGUAACAGACCGUGAAAGCACUUUUCACAUAUCAGCUACGAUUGUGUAUUAUUAAAAUAUUGACUAGU